AUGGACGCCUUCAAGGGGGGCAUGAGCCUGGAACGGCUGCCGGAGGGGCUCCGGCCACCGCCGCCUCCUCACGACAUAGGGCCCGCCUUCCACUUGGCCCGCGCCACCGACCCCCGCGAUCCGCUCGAGAACUCGGCCAGCGAGUCGUCCGACACGGAGCUGCCAGAGAAGGAGCGAGGCGGGGAGCCCAAAGGGCCAGAGGACAGUGGUGCGGGCGGUGCCAGCUGCGGCAGCGCAGAAGACCCUGCUAAGAAGAAGAAACAGAGGAGGCAAAGAACGCACUUCACGAGCCAGCAACUGCAAGAGCUGGAGGCCACGUUCCAGAGGAACCGAUAUCCGGACAUGAGUAUGCGGGAGGAGAUCGCUGUGUGGACCAACCUCACCGAGCCAAGAGUGAGGGUCUGGUUCAAGAACCGGCGAGCCAAGUGGCGGAAGCGUGAGCGCAACCAGCAGCUGGACCUGUGUAAGGGCGGCUACGUGCCGCAGUUCAGCGGCUUGGUGCAGCCCUACGAGGACGUGUACGCCGCCGGCUACUCCUACAACAACUGGGCCGCCAAAAGCCUCGCGCCAGCGCCCCUCUCCACCAAAAGCUUCACCUUCUUCAACUCCAUGGGCCCGCUGUCGUCGCAGUCGAUGUUCUCGGCACCCAGCUCCAUCUCCUCCAUGACCAUGCCGUCCAGCAUGGGCCCCGGGGCCGUGCCCGGCAUGCCCAACUCCGGCCUCAACAACAUCAACAACCUCAGCGGCUCCUCGCUAAACUCGGCCAUGUCGCCAGGCGCCUGCCCGUACGGCACCCCCGCCUCGCCCUACAGCGUUUACCGGGACACGUGCAACUCGAGCCUCGCUAGCCUGCGGCUCAAGUCUAAGCAGCACUCGUCGUUCGGGUACGGCGGCCUGCAGGGCCCGGCCUCGGGGGACGCGGGCACGGGAGAGGCGCCUGGCAGCCUGGAAAAGACGCCCUUGUGGCCCGCGUUCCCGCAGCCCUAG